AUGGCCAUCAUUUUGAGGUUUGUUGAUAAAGAAGGUUUCAUUAAAGAGCGUUUCUUUCAUGUUGUGCAUGUUAGAGACACUACUGCAUUGACUUUAAAGAAUGAGAUAUGUGCUGUCCUUUCUCGUUACAACCUCCACAUUGAAAAUAUUCGAGGUCAAGGAUAUGAUGGGGCUAGUAAUAUGCGUGGUGAAUGGAAUGGAUUACAAGCUCUUUUUCUUAAAGAUUGCCCAUAUGCUUAUUAUGUACAUUGUAUGGCUCAUAGGUUGCAAUUAGCUCUAGUUACAGCAUCUAGAGAAGUAAAAGAUGUUCAUCGAUUCUUUGAUCAUUUGGUUAAUAUUAUCAAUAUUGUUGUUGGUUCUAGUAAGCGUAAUGAUGAAUUGCAACAUGCUCAAGCAGAACAAGCUGAGAAUAUGAUUGCUUCUAAUGAAAUUGAGACUGGAAGAUGUGCAAACCAGAUUGGUACUUUGCAACGAGCUGGAGAUACUAGGUGGGGAUCUCAUUUUCAAUCUAUUUGUAGUUUGAUUAAAAUGUUUGAUGCUACUUGCAAAGUUAUCAACACUAUCUCUGAGGAAGGGGCUAACUAUAAACAAUGCGGUGAUGCCGAGGGAGCUUAUCAGUUGAGAGAUGAUGGAUGGGAGCUUUUACUUGCUAGUGUUAUAUCAUUUUGUGAGCAACAUGAAAUUGAUAUUCCUGAUAUGAAUGCUCGUUACACUAAAGGUCGAGGUAGAUAUCGUCGUCAAGAUGACGAUUUAACAAUGAAACAUCAUUUUAGAAUUGACAUAUUUACAGUUGCAAUAGACUUUUAA